CUCAUCCAUCCACCAUGACUUUCAUGACUUCCACGCCGCUCAUGGCGUCUCCGCCGCCGCGACCUGCGCCGCGACCUCCGCGUCUCCGGUCCGGCGGUCUGCUGCCGAGCGGUCGGAGCGGCCUGCGGCUCCGAAGGAGCUCUUCUCAGGUGCUGCUUCCCCUGCUGACGUUGCAGGCCUGCCGUCGUUCAGUGCCGGCGCCCAGACGAGGCCUUGAGGCCCUCUCCUUGGACACCAAGCCCAGGGCCCAGGCGCAGGAGCAGCAGCUGGCAGCGUUUCGUGCCUGGCUGAAAGAAGGAAACGCGGCGGUUCAGUCGCGCGGCGUCCGUCUACAGCGCUCGCCCUUGGGAGGCCUGGGCCUCUUUGCACAGAAGAACUUUCCGCAGGGCGCGGUGAUCUUGGAGGUGCCCUUUGAGAAGUGUCUUGAGGUCGAUGCCCACCAUUUCGACCUCGACGAUGCCACGGUCUUGCAGCCGAUCCUUGCGCGGGCGGCUGAGGAGUAUGACGUGGACGCCUUUGUGGAGGUGGAGGCGCAGAAGGCGGUGUUGGCUUUGUGUCAGCGACUGCUGCUGGAGCGACAGCAGGGAGCCUCCUCCAAGUUCGCAGAGUACCUGGCGGUGAUUCCUGAUCCCUCAGAGCUGCAUCCCUUGCAGCUGCGGUGGCCGAAGAGGCUCUCGGAGCAGAGCGCGCUGCUGUCGAGAAUGCAUCACACGGUCCUGGAACGUGACAAUGCGUGUAUGGAGGCUUUGCAGCCUUUUGAGCAGGUCUGGAAGAGGCGCUGCUGGGCCUUGAACGCCGUGUGGACGCGCGCCGUUCACCUGGUGGGAGCUGAAGGAGAAGAGCGCUUGAGCUUAGUGCCCUUGAUGGAUUUCAUGAACCACUGGACGCCCACGAGGAGCACAUCAGAGACUUGGUCCUGCUUCUAUGAGAUUGCCAGCGAUCACCUCGCCGUACGAGCGGAGAGAGCGAUUUCCAAAGGCGAAGAGCUGACCUUGCUCUAUGGCGAAUUUUCCGAUGCCCAGCUGCUUUGCAACUAUGGUAUCUGCCCUGAGAUGCCCUGCAGGACCCGAAAGGGACACUGAAGGUGGAACCGGUCAUGUUCCUUCGCCAGUGGGCUGCCGCUCGAUGUGUUUUGGCCAGCUUGAACCUGAGCAAGAGAGCAAGGGAGCAGCGGCGUGCAGCGUGCAGCGUUCGUCUCAGGGAGCGCGACAUCUCUCAGUCAGCAGCAGCUCUUUUUGUUGUUUUGUGAUGUUUUGUGGUAGCAUGCUGUACAAAGGACGGGAGUUCAUCAUCAAAAGUAAAGUCAACAUUUCAUGUUUAGCUACAAUAGACGUAUACAGUAUAGUGAAACUUCUGAAUUCUACAGACAUUUGCAAGUUGCAGACACUUACUAGCGGAAGUCAUUUGUAACCUAUUUUGUUAUUUCGAAAAACUGUUUUGACAUAGACUCUGGCUCUGCGUAUUGACACCAGAAACAUGUUUACAUGCUUUGUAGAAAGAUGGCUUUCGUUUGUCGAACAGGUCCUCGACUCCUUCUAUCCAUGCCGCAUGCCGCUACCCAUUCUAACGUUCCGCCCGGGUCACCGAUUUCACACCAGGGUGUUGCCUCAGAGAUCCUAUUUCGCCGCAGAACAUCUCAGAUUGGCCACAUAGUGAACAAGACAUACACCCUGGAAGAUUAACAUAGACAUA